GCCAACUGUGAGCCAGGCCUAAUCGCCUAAUCAGUGCCCGACCUCACUAAUGCUCUUGUUACUGAAUGUAAGCAAAUGCAGCAAUGCUCCAACAUCUAGUAUAAAGCCUUCACAGAAGAGUUGUUUUAGCAUCAAAGAGUGUACCUUCUCCAUAUUAAUCCAACAUGGACAACAUUUCAUUUUGGAUGAGAUGUUGGAUGUCAGGUGUCCUCAUACUUUUGGCCAUGUAGUGUACUGUAUGUAUAGAACAUAUUAAGAGUGAAGAGUGUGGUACUGGCAAAACAUGGCAGGGUCAAAUGCCUUUGAAGUCAUAAUUCUGUUUUGUUUUAUCUUUGUAUAGAAGAAGCUGUUUAACUGCAUAUUAUUCAUUUUUACAGUUGCUUUGACUCCUUUUUCACAGGAGUUCCAAUGUGCAACAUCCUGAAGUCAAAUCCAGCUGAUAGGGAGAAUGCAGAGUGAUCACUAUAAAUAAUGGGGCUGAGUUUCCUCGUGCGGAGACCGGGGGCAAUUGUAACAAUUUUUGGUUUUGAUGUCAUUACUCAAGAACCUCUUGAACUAUUUGGAACAUGCAGACGACCUGUAGGUCAAGCCGCACGAUGGAGCCGUAUAUGAGCCUGACGGUCCAUCAUAUUGACACCGAUUUCAACAUGAAGAGCAAGUGCCUACAAACGGCAUAUUUCCCUGAAGACCACACAGGAAUACUCAUUACCCAGGGCCUGAGGGAAGCGAUGGCUGCGCGGGGAUUCCCGGAGGACAAACUCGUCUGUAUGACCACAGACAAUGCUGGGAGCAUAACGCUCGCAGCUGAACUCAGUUAAUGGACAAGACUCCAGUGCUUUGGGCACAGACUUCACUUAGCCACAGAGAAUACAAUGAAGGAUGACAGGAUUGGUCGUGCUGUGGGAAACAGAAACAGCAGAUACCUCAUCCCUGCAUGGCAGGACACUGAUGUCCUUGAGGCCAUCAGCAAGUCGCUCAGCCCUCUGGUUGAAUUCACAGAUGCACUUUCUGGUGAGAAGUAUGUGAGUGUUUCUUUUGUGAAACCCAUGCUCCAUCUGUUCAAUACCUCGAUCUUGGCAGUGGAGGAGGAAGACCCAGACCCCACCAGAUCAAUCAAGAUGAAGAUCCUGGCCUACCUCAACGACAAGUACAGUGACCCACACACACAAGAGCUGCUUGAUAUGGCCUCUGCCCUGGGCCCUAGGUUCAAGCUGAAUUACGUCAGUGAGGACAACAUGGGGUCAAUCCAAGCCAGACUGACAUCAGAGAUGGCGAUGACUGUCAGUGUUGUGGAGAUGGGCCCUCCUGAAAUGGCAGAAACGCAUGGUGGUGAUGACACUGAGGGUGCUGGUGCACCCAAGAAGAAGACCUUGGGCAGCUUCUUCAAGGCCACUGAGGGCACAGCACCAGGACCUCAGAGCCAGGGGCAGGCUAUAGCCUCUGAGCUACAGUCCUACCUCCAGGCAACCAUCCUGGACAGUGAGUAGGAGCCUUUGGACUGCUGGAGGGUACACAACUGUUCCCACGACUCUCCCACCUGGCAAGGAAAUAGCUUUGCAUUCCAGCUACCAGUGCCCCUUCAAAGAGGGUGUUCUCGGGUGGAAAUGUUGUCAACUGUCACCGUGCAUCUCUGAAGCCAGACCAUGUCAACAGGCUGAUAUUCCUGGCUAAAAACCUUUAAAAGGGGCAGCAUUUGCCAUGUAGCCUAGACUCUAAGUUCUUUUUAUUUGAUUGCAUGUUGAGUUGUAUUUAUUUUCAGUUAUUGCUUGACCUUGAGGGUGGGCCAGGCUAUAAGAGGAAGUCUCGGACUGACUGACUUCCCAUUGCUGAAAUACGUUAAGUGAUGUACAGUAGGUGACAGUGCACCAAUGUAGCAGUCCAGGUGAA